ACUUAAUUAUAAACGCGGAACACAUUUCACAAGGAGAAGCAGAACCAUCGCUCAAGCUCACACUCACAGUAAAAUCCAAACCAAAAUGGCGGAAAAAGAAGCCGUUGAAGAAGCUCAGAGCAAGUUCCGAUCAGAGUUCCUUCAAGUCCUGCGUAGUAGGCGACCCGCUCAAGUUCCACUAACAGUCGAACUCGCGAAGCCAGUUGCCAAUCCUUUGCAUCAGGACUCUCCUCCAUCGAUCGAAGGGAUCGAGAUAAUGGAGUCGUGUCCGAAGGCUGAUAUAGAGAACCUUGAAGACUUGCUCGAGGAGGAGAAUCUCUACUUGAAUACAGAGGAAGGAGAGCAAGGACGGUUGCCUUUGUUGGUUUUGAAGUUGAAGGAAAGCGAUAAGCAGAGAAAAAGGCCUGCGGUUGUUUUUCUUCACAGUACGAAUAAAUACAAAGAAGCCGUGCGUCCAUUGCUUAAGGCAUAUGCUUCGCGAGGAUAUAUAGCAAUUUCUGUUGAUUCUCGUUACCAUGGAGAACGUGCUACCAGCGCAACCGCCUAUCGCGAUGCACUUAUUUCUGCAUGGAAAACCGGUGAGACGAUGCCAUUCAUAUUUGACACGGUCUGGGACUUGAUUAAAUUGGCAGAUUAUCUAACACACAGAGAGGAUGUAGACCCUUCUAGGAUAGGAAUCACUGGAAUAUCACUUGGAGGAAUGCAUGCAUGGUUUGCUGCAGUUGCUGAUACUCGCUAUGCUGUGGUUGCUCCUCUGAUUGGCGUUCAGGGAUUUCGAUGGGCCAUGGACAAUGAUAAAUGGCAGGCUCGAGUUGAUAGUAUAAAGCCUCUUUUUGAGGUGGCUCGUGAUGAUUUGGGUAAAGGUGCUAUUGACAAAGAAGUGGUGGAGAAGGUGUGGGACCGAAUUGCUCCUGGUUUAGCUUCCCAAUUUGAUUCACCUUAUUCAGUUCCAACUAUCGCACCACGUCCUUUGCUUAUUGUUAAUGGUGCGGAAGAUCCUCGGUGUCCCGUUGCAGGCUUGGAAAUUCCGAGGGCAAAGGCAAGCUGGGCAUAUGGAGAGUUUGACUGUUUAGAUAAUUUCAAGGUGCAGCCUCUUAUAUUGGAUGUGAUUGUGAGGAGCGCUUAGUCGGGUGUUUGGUUGGGGAUUCUUUUUGGAUUAUUACAGAACCUGGAGUUGGACACCAAUUAACGAGGCUUCAGGUGAAAGAAUCAUCUUAUUGGUUUGACAGGUUCUUGAAACCUUAGCCCGUGCCCUCAUAUGUGUUCUUCAAGCCCUGUGUGGUUGUUGCUCUAGCUCAUUGCCUCAUUUCUGUUGUCUUCGUAUGAUUGUGUCAUGAUAUCAAAGUCAAUAAAUUGUCAAAUAGAAAUCAUUAUUAGGAUGACUCUUAACAUAAUUAUUAUAAAAAUCAAUAAAUUUAUUAUGUAUAAUGGUGUAUAAUUGAGUGAUAGUUCAAAAAAUUUGUAUAUUGUCAUUACAUAAUAUUAUUUAUGUCCGCCCCAUAAUCAAUAGCAUGUUAAUUUA